CUUGGAAGAAUAAUAGGAUACAGUGUAGCAAAUGGAGUCCUGCCGUCGACAUGGAAACACUCGAAAGUCAUAUUGCUAGACAAACCAAAUCGCGAUAGGAAAAGUGUCAAAUCACUGCGCCCUAUUUCCCUUUGUCCAUCAAUCUCCAAAAUUGCCGAGUCGUACGUGCGGAAAGACUUGAGAGAAAGUAUGUAUUCGUUGAGCUUCGCUGGGCGUCAACACGCAUACAUUGAAGGUAAAAGCUCUCUGGAGGUUGUUGGAUCGAGUGUCAAAUGGAUCGCUUCGCGAAGAAGAUGGGCCAUCUUGUCUCUCGACUUCUCGAAUGCGUUUGGGGAAAUAGGCCACGACUCAAUUAUGUCCAGCUUGGAGAAACUCCGGGUAGCGGACAGGACUCGAAAAUGGAUACAUAGAUGGCUCUCUCAGCGCACAGCCGAAGUGCAUUAUGGCUCGGAGGUGGUAACUCGCGAGUGUUUUCCUGGGAAAGGAACACCACAAGGCGCACUAUUAUCGCCUUGGAUCUUUGUCUUGGGCACUGAAUCAAUAGGAGAGGCAACAGAAAA